UAUAAGAAUAGAAAUAGAACGCUGGAUAAACGCUAAUAAUGCAUGCGCAUAUUCGUACAGUAAAGUAUGUACAGUCUGUCCAAUGAUUGAAACUUGAGUAUCACUAGUUGGGUAGUCAAUGAAAUUCCCUUUACGUUUACUGCGUCGUCUCGUUGGACAAAUUAUACUUACAAUGGGUUUUUCAACACACGAAUUAUUAAAAGAAGUUUUACAGUACCCAGCUGUACAAGAUAUGAAGGUUACCGUAAAUUCCUGUGGAAAAUACGCAAUGAUAGUCGGUGGAUCGACAUUUCUUGGUGGUGUAAUUGCUGGACCUCUCGGACUUGCACUGGGUGGUAUAGCUAGUAGUAUUAUAUCAGCAGUUGCUGGACAUAAUGAAUUUAAAUCUGUCCCAUAUAUCAUUUUGUACGAAGCUACUCCAGAACAAAGAGAAAAACUAGCAAUAUUAAUAAUUAAGUACCUUACUUCAAGAAACAUUUGGACUCUUGAAGAUCUCUUGUGUUUUAAUAAGGAAGAAUUGGCAGUAGGGAUAAUACCUAUAAUAACAACAUUUUUAACUAAAUACAUGCAUUAUUCAGUAGCAAACUGAUUGUGUAUUAGAAAGAGAGAUCGCCCUGUUUAGAAUUUAUUGACCAAUAUAAAAUCUAUAAUUAUUUUUGACAAGAAUGAAUAUUUGUAAUUAUUGAAGUAAUUACUUCAAGAAAAACUUUACAUCUUUAUUUAUGUAUAUAAUUUAGUGAAACAAAAAUAUUCUAAAUAAGGAGAGAUCCAUAUUAUUGUGCCUUUGAAUAUAAAUUAUAUUUCGGGUUACAAGGUCUAAGAACGAAGGAACUAAUAAAUAGAUUCCUAUUUAUGUUCCUUGUAGCCUUUAGCUAGAGCUACAAGGUUAACCUUUUUGGUAAUGUCCUUUUGCUACAUAUAUAUAUAUAUAUAUAUAUAUAUAUAUAUAUAUAUAUAUAUAUAUAUAUAUAUAUAUAUAUAUAUACAUACGAACGUGCUCCCUAUCGAUUCUAUUGUAUUGUAACAUUAAGAGAGUAAAAAUCUGGAUCAACAUAAACUUAUGCAUUAUAGUUAUAUUUAUACCUUUAUUUAUUUCAAUAUAUUCUUCUAUUACAAAUUCA